AUGGUUCCUGCACCACAAGCGCUCCCAGCCAAGUUUCCAUGCUGGUGCAGAGCUGUUUAUUCUUGGGGAGGCGAGUCCAAGCGAGAUCUAGGCUUCAUCGAAGGAGAUCUCAUUGAGUGUCUGAAUGCAGGCGAUGGAUCGUGGUGGGUUGGACGUCUGUACCGAGAUCGAAGAACAAUUGGAUCCUUUCCUUCCAACUUUGUCGAGAUUCUCCCUGAAGAAUUCCGUCCCAUGACAAGAUCGGCGAGCCCCUUGCCAGGAAGCAAUACCCCCAGUCCCAAAAACUUACCGGCCAAGUCAAAAACCUUUCGCAAGCCCUUCGAAGCAUACGCAAAGGCUCCCCAUUAUACCACGGCUAAACAACCAACGUCCUAUCGCAAUCCUCCCAAGACUGCUUCAUCUGCUGCCGCGGCCCCUGCCCCUGAAGCUCAGCAGCAGCAGCUCAAAGACAAGUCUGCCAGCUCUCUCAACAGAUCAGUCCACGAUACCAUUGACAGGGUACCAUCGCCGCCUGCGGUGCGCAGAUAUGGCUCUCGGGCACCAUCGCCAGCACUAUCACAGUCCUACCGAGACGGUCAUCGGGGCACAUCUGCAAGAGAUUCUGCUCCUCCAGCACCACCCCCUCAUCGACAUGUCGGCGGCGGAUCCCGACCAGGUGACAUGUCACGGCACGGUUCCAAUGCUUCUUUCCGUCCAUAUUCUCCUGCGGUCAUGACGAGACACGGGUCGAACGCUUCAUAUCACCAUCCGCCACAGACCCCGACACAUGCCUCGCAUGUGCCUGAACAUAAUUCCGUACGUCAAGGAGAAGUGAGUGAAGAGCACACACCCCAGGGUCCAUCACCAUGCCAGCACUCUUCCGAUGAGCUUCACAUGACACCAUCGCCGCUAAGAGAAGCGAUGGACAGUGUCAUGAAACAGCUGGACCAACUAGAUGGGCUAGGAAACAGUUGGGGUGGCGACCAGGUCCGGCACGCAGAAGUGGAGGAACAACCGCUUGGUCCCUGGGCACCAGAAUCUUUUGAUGCAAUUGCAAACAAAUCAAGGCGCAAGGGCUCGGGGAACACGAGACCUCUUACAUCCAUGGGAAUAGCCCACCGUGAUGAGGGUUACGAAACCUGGAGUGGCGGAUCCUCCCAGGAUACAUCCCUUCAAAAUGGUACUCGAGGUCAGAAGCACGAACUGCCCGAGUUAAGCAACUAUGUGGAGCGCAUGGAGAAACGAUUCCAGAGUAUGCAUCACUACAGCAAAAGCGCAGGGGUGGCAGCAGACAUAGAUCUUGACGCCGAGGGAGAUAUGCCUCCUCCACCACCACCACCGAAAGGUCAGCCCUAUCAAAGACCCAGAUCCUCGGCUGGUGAGCCAGCUGGUCGCCCACGACAAUUGAGGCCUCAACAAUCCGCGUAUGAGAUAGGGCGCGGUAGUGGUACCGCGAACGGGAGUGUAGGGAGAACGAUGACGACCAGAACCAACACCACCAAUGCUUCGACGGGCAACCAAAGCCACACCAGCUCAUCAACCCAAAGUAGCGGAAGGACUCUUUGGAGUGGAGUUUCAGCUGGCGGUAUCAGUUCCACGAGUGCCGGCAGUAUGGCUCGUCAGCAUAUGCGCUCGCAGAGUGCUAUGGACACUCGCGAAGCCGAGCUAGACCGUCCCGAUUCACCCUUUACUGGCGUCACAUACCACAGCAGUCAUGCGAGCCAAGUCGCCGGAAACAGUCGGUCGGAGGCCCAGACCGGCGUGGAAGACGAUCUGACAGCGUGUAUAGGAGGAUUGGUCCAACCCAAGGCACCUAAACGAAGCAUAUUCAAGAAGAUCUUUGACUCUGCCAAAACUGGUGUUGCAAGCAACAGAGGCAGCAUUGCAGCAGGCUCCAUAGGCGGAGGCAAUUCAGUUCGGGCAUCGCCAUUCAAUCGACCACGGCCUUCUGCGGCGCAAACUCCCAUGAGCUCAAGGAUGACUGGUAUCAGUGGCCCAGAUUACGGGAGCAAUGCAGCCCGAGAUAUGGGACUCACUGGCGGUAGCAGCGUGGACUGGGUCCAAGUUCGUCGCGAUGUGAAUAGGUCAAAUUCUCUAAGCAAAGCGGAGAGGAACGAGCGUCAAGAGCGUUGCCAGGUGAUGGAAUAUCCCGCCUUGAACCCGGUGGACGAAAUGUACGAGGAGAUUGAAGGCGACGAGGCAGCAGAUGGUAUGCCAGUGAGAGAGACAAUCAACUACCAGUCGAUAAAUCUGAGCCAGGUGGAUAAAAACUCACGGUUCAUCGGGGAUAUGCCACCAAUGACGAGUGCUAUUCAACUCGCAACAACUUAUGUGUGUCGACCUUACAGAAGCGAUGUGCAACGUCUGCGAGCUAUUUUUACGUGGGUAUCUGAGAAGAUCUGCUGGGAGGAAGACUUUGAGGGCGAUAUUGACACGCGUCGCGUCAUCCAAGCCAAGAGGGCCUGUGCGGAAGAAUACGCCGUCCUGGUCAUGGAGAUGUGUGCUGCCGUUGGGCUGGAAUGCGAGAUUGUCCGGGGUUAUCUCAAGAACCCAGGAGAUGUGACAGAUCUCAACAUGAUGCCUCGAUCAAAUCAUUGGUGGAAUGCUGUCAUUGUUGACAAUGAGUGGCGCAUCAUCGAUUGCUGCUUGGCCAGCCCAUCGAACCCCAAGCGUGGGCUAUAUUCAAGUGCCAAUGGAGCGACGGCCGACUCUUGGUGGUUCCUCGCUCGUCCGACGGAAGUGUGCUGGACACACGUUCCCGAGCACCACGAUCAGCAGCACAUUGUGCCCCCUGUGGCUCAUGAGAUCUUGCUCAACCUUCCCUGCACUUGCCCAUCGUUUUUCCGCAACGAAAUUGAGAUGGUUGACUACAACACGGCUGCGACGAGAAUCGAAGAUCUUGAAAUGGUCCACAUCAAAUUUAAUGUGCCAGCAGACAUUGAGGUGGCCGCCGAGGUGGAAGCUCGAGCAUAUACUCGGGACGCAGAUGGCGAUGUGUUUGAGAGUGGAGAGGUUGUAAAGAAGAGAGCGCUGGCGCAGGCAGAGUGGUAUGACGGGGUGAAGCGGUACACGGUGAAGGCCCUUCUUCCAGGAGACGAGGGCCAGGGCACACUCAAGAUCUAUGCUGGCAAGCGUGGAUUGAUGCACAGUAUCAAAGACAUUCCUCAUCCAUUGGCAUUCGCACUUCCCAUUGUGCACACGGGGGAGAAUCCGCCAUACGACUUUGUGACCCGACACCCUACUCCGCACGCUCAACGUCACGACAUCUACGUGGUGCAGCCUCAAUGUCAAAGACUAGCUCUUAACAAUACGUUUGUCUUCGCCAUUCGACAGCACCCAAGCUCGACGUUUAGCGGACAUAAUUCGACGUUGACUCCGGCAUCGAACCCCGGACGGACGAGCCCCAAUCCCUUUGCCCGGCCGAGUUCGGCUAUGAGCAUGAAUGCAUCGAGUGUGAGCGGAUCGAAUCCCAGCUCAGCCAGCGGCACAGUGGCAGGCAAGAAGCCUGCCAAGCUGGCUAUUCAAACGCCCGGCGGCAAGAUCCUCCGUCUUAUGAGGAAGGAAGACCGCAAGGGCAUUGCCGUUGGCAGCAGAGGGCUAUCUGACGACGAAGAUGUCAGUGACGGCGGAACAUGGGAGACCAUCAUUAAAUGCUCCGAGAGGGGCGUGUGGAGAGGUUUGGUGUUGGCAGACCGCACCGCGCGAUGGUGCGUGUUUGCCGAAUGGACUUGUGUUGGCUAA